AUGAAGCCAGUAAUGCCUUCCAUACCAAUCCAACACCUUCCACCUCCUCUUCUACUGCCUCCAACUGUUCCAACAGCGACUGUGACUUGGACCACUGCACCUGUAUCACCGGCACCUCUUCCUCCCCCAGUACUACUACCCUCAUCUUCUCAACCUCCUGCACCGCCACCAAUUCCAGCAAUACCAAUGAAGCCAGUAAUGCCUUCCAUACCAAUCCAACACCUUCCUCCUCCUUCUCCACCGCCUCCAACUGUUCCAUCAGCAACUGUGACAGCACCACCAUCACCACCGCUACCCCCACCACCAAAAAAUACUCCCAUGGUUUUCCGCAUGGACGAAACUCCGCCACCUCUGCCAGUUAUAUUUGAUGCAAGCGGGCCUCCACCACCAUUACCAACUCAAGUAUUAUCAAAAAGUGCUGCAGUUCAACACAAAUCACCAAAUUCUUGUGAAGCAGCAGCACCACCACCACCACCACCACCACUACCCCCACCACCAAAGAAUACUCCCAUGGUUUUCCGCAUGGACGAAACUCCGCCACCUCUGCCAGUUAUGUUUGAUGCAAGCGGGCCUCCACCACCAUUACCAACUCAAGUAUUAUCAAAAAGUGCUGCAGUUCAACACAAAUCACCAAAUUCUUGUGAAGCACCACCACCACCACCACUACCCCCACCACCAAAGAAUACUUCCAUGGUUUUCCCCAUGGACGAAACUCCGCCACCUCUGCCAGUUAUGUUUGAUGCAAGCGGGCCUCCACCACCAUUACCAACUCAAGUAUUAUCAAAAAGUGCUGCAGUUAAACACAAAUCACCAAAUUCUUGUGAAGCUGGACCAAGCAAAAUAAGGAAGCCAGAGGACUGCAAUUUUGCGGAGGCGCAACGUUUAAGCUGCGUCGAACGCGAGAUCAGGAUUGAUUUGUGCAAGCAAGAAAUGGAUGAAACACUUUUUGAAGAGGAACAUCAAACUCUACUUUAUAAAAAGAGUAUAAAACAAGAAAAAAAUUUUUGA